CCAACAGCCAAAGUAAUACCAAAACGUUUAGAAAUAAACGAAAGUCAAUCGACAGAGAUGUUGUGUAUUGGAGAAGGUAAACCUACCCCCGAGGUACAUUGGAAUGUAUCAGCUUUGUCUUCUAACUAUACUAUAGAAUAUCUGACAGAGAAUUUAACAAAAAACGAAGCGGCUCAGAUAGUGAGAAUUAGCGAAGUGAGGAGGGAAGAUUUCGGAUGGUUGAAAUGUAUAGUCGAAAACGCCGUUGGUACACAAAACGAUGCAGUUCGCUUAAUUAUCAACGCUCCUCCUCAAAUAAACUACUUAGGAACUGUGAAGAACUUUUAUUGGGAAAUAAGUUACGAAUUAACAGGAUAUCCUCAACCCAGUAUAUACUGGUACCGUAACGAUAAGCCACUCCAAUUAUCCAAUAUUACUUUCGCUGUUGAGAAAAAAAAAAUUACCAAUAAUUUAUCCGUAACGAAAGGAUGUCUCGAAAUUCAGAUUGCCACUCAUAUUAGUGACGGUAUUUAUACUCUAGUUGCUGUUAAUAAUUACGGAACGGCAAACAUGUCGGUAGAAGCAAGGUUUCUUACAGGCACGUUUCCUAAUGAUACUCGCUUUCCGAAUCAACACAUGAAUCCAACAAUGGGAGGGAUGAUGAAAAUGUCAGAGAAAGAUGAAGAAAAUCAAGAAACUUAUCUGUUACCUUUUCUUAUAGCUGGAAGCGUAACAUUUGCAGUUAUUUUACUUUUAACGACAUUUUUUUCUCUUCAACUGAGAAAAUGUCGCGAUUCUCCAAAUUUCCAAGAAGGAAGCGGAUUCUGCCACUUGACUAACGUUUUCUGUUGGUUGUUGUGUCGAAAAGAAAACAGUAAAAGAACUGGAGUAACCGGAAGAGAAAGGAUUCCUUUAAAUCCAUCGAAAAUGGUGGAAAAUCCAAAUUAUCGUAAGGACGAAGAAAAGAACUGUUCUGUUGAAAUACGUCAUAUUGCUAAAGAGAAAAUAAGUUUCAUCCAGACUUUAGGAGAAGGAGCAUUUGGAAGGGUGUUUCUUGGAACCGUAGACUAUUUAACUCCGGACGAACCGACGACUCUCGUUGCAGUGAAAACUCUAAAAGAUCCUAAUCAAGAAGAUGCUAGACCUGACUUUUAUAGAGAAGCCGAAUUACUUACAACAUUACAACACGAAAAUAUCGUUAGCUUUUAUGGUGUUUCAACGGACGGAAAUCCUCUGAUGUUGGUAUUCGAAUAUAUGGAACACGGGGAUCUAAAUAAUUUCUUAAGAGACAGAGGACCAGACUUGAUAAUUUCGAAAACAGAACCAAAAAAAUAUGAAACUCUUUCGUUAUCGGGACUUUUAAAAAUCUCUGCUCAAAUCGCUGCGGGUAUGGAAUAUUUAGCAUCGCAGCAUUUCGUUCAUAGAGAUCUCGCCACAAGAAAUUGCCUCGUCGGUGAAAAUUUGGUGGUCAAAAUUGGUGAUUUUGGAAUGUCUCGUGACGUUUACAGCACCGAUUAUUAUAGGAUGGAAAGACAUACGAUGCUGCCAGUGAGGUGGAUGCCUCCCGAAAGCAUAACAUAUAGGAAAUUUACAGUCGAGUCGGACAUUUGGAGCUACGGAGUUGUUUUGUGGGAGAUAUUUACUUUUGGAAAGCAGCCUUGGUACGAACUUUCUAAUCACGAGGUUAUCGAACAAGUCACGAAUGGCAAAUUAUUAUCGAAACCAAGCAGAUGUCCGGAAGAAGUGUACGCGAUAAUGAAAUCGUGUUGGCAUCAAAAUCCUCAAGAAAGAAUACCGAUGUCGGUUGUGAGUAAACAAAUUCAUCAAAUCACCACAAACGAACCCGAAUACUUGGAAUUAAUCGAGUGAAUUUUAUGGUUUCCGUAUAAAAUAUAUAUGUGUAAAUAAAUAUAUAUAUAUUUUGAAAAGAAAAAAAAGGGCUAUGUUAUAGAAAUAGUGAAUUUUAAAAGUAUUAUCCGUAUUUGUCCAUUUGUAAGUGUGAAAAGUUAUUCGUUGUUCAACUAUAAUAUAUAUAAUAAGAUGUGAACAUUUACAAUCUUGAAGUCGUUACAUCCGAGCCACAACUGUAUAUAAAAAUCAAUCGAGACGAACAAACAAACAAAAAAAAAAGUCUAAAAAUAAAAUUAUAUAUUCCUGCACAAUCGAUAUUUCUUCUAUUUAAAACUUUGAAUCGUGUAUGGAAGAUUUACGAAGACAAAAUAAGAAAUAAAAAAUAAUAAAGAAGCCUCUUGUUAAAUGUGAUACUACGAUUUUAUAAACGUAAAAUCUAGUCAGAUGUUUUCUUUUAUAGAAUAAAUUUCAUUUAGAAAAGUAUUAUUAUUAUUAUUAUUCUACAGAAGAAUCAACUUCCAUGGAUCGAUUGAAAGAAAUUGAAAUAUUGUCAGUUAAUUGUUGUAUUAUUAAAACGUGUUAAUAAACUUAUAUAAUGAGAAAUACUUCGUAA